AUGGAUUCAUCAUCAUCGUCAUCAUCAUCAUCAUCAUCAUCAUCAUCAUCAUCAUCAUCAUCAUCAUCAUUAUCAUCACCAUCGGUAAAUAUAGAUGAGGCGGAUGACUUAUUGGAUAUCAAUUUACUUAUUCACAUGAAAUCUUUGAUUUCAUUGAUGAAACAAACUUUAUGUUCCGGAUGUAAUCGUUUAUGGGAUGGUUCACCAUCUAUCAAAACAAGAAAUGGAUUAUACAUGCAUGUAGAAUUUGUAUGUUCUAAUUGUGGAUGUAUUACUCAUUUAUAUUCAUCACGACAAGUCCGAGAUGGUAGACGUCGAGAAAUCAAUGCUCGAUUAGAACUUGGUGCAUUGAAUCUACCACCACCAACACAACAACAGAAAUAUAGUGAAACACAAGAAUUUAUUUUAAAUUAUGUUGAAAAAUGUCAAGAACAAUCAAUGAUCGCUGCUGUUGAAGAAGCAAUUGCUGAAACUGGUGGUGCACGAGAGCUAACAGUUAGUGGAGAUGGUGCGUGGCUUACACGUGGUCAUACAAGUGUCCAUGGUGUUUCAGCUUUGUGUUCUACAACAAAACGUCCAAAACUUUUAGAUACUACAUGGUCAUCUAAAAAAUGUAUUAAAUGCCAGGGUGUGGAGGGUUCAUCGGGUGGAAUGGAAAAGGAAAUGAUUCAUGAAAUGUUCUGUCGUUCAUUAGCAAAAUAUAAUAGAAGAUAUGUUUCGUAUGUUGGUGAUGGAGAUGCAAAAGUACACAAAUAUUUGGUCGACAAUCCUCCAUAUCCUGAUAUUGAUAUAAAAAAACUGGAAGAUACAAAUCAUUUUGCAAAAAGAAUGUUAAAUCGCAUAAUGAAAAUCAAACGAGAAAAUAAGAAUAAGAUUUUAUCUGAUGGCAAGAGAUUUAGUGGCAAAGGUCGUAUGACUGAUGGUCAUGUUAUUAAAUUCAAGAUAUAUUUUGCUAAAGCAAUACGUGAAAAUAAGACUGAUCUAAAUAAAUUAUAUCAAUAUUCAAUCAUCAUUAUUCAACAAAUGAAGAACCAAUGCAUGACUGGUGCGAUCCCAAAUGGUGCAAGUACCUCCAAGCAGAAUAUGAUAAAACCGGUGUUUGAAGAGUUAUGUUCUCAUACUAGUUUAGCACGUGUUGUAGGUGGUGGAUCUCAAAACGCUAACGAGGCCUACCACUCAUUAUUGCGGACUAUGGCCCCAAAACAUCGUUAUUGUUCAUCAACAACUCUUCGUACUGGAUUGGGAUUAUCUACAAUUAUUUUUAAUGAAGGAUAUGAAGCAUUGAAUAAAAUUUUUACAAGCAUAUUCUUAUCUAUGGGCUAUUACUCCACUCAAUGCCUUCGAAAACUUGAUGUUUUAAGAAGCUCUCGUACUUCAAAAACUAAGAACAAGCAUUUAAAACGUGCAAAAACAAUAACAACAGUUGCUGCAAGUACUGCUUCAACUGAAAGUGAUGAAUUUCCAUAUACUCCGAAUGAAGAAAACUAUGAUUCCAUUGUAAAUGAUAUUACAUUAGAACUCACUGAUAUUGCAUUAGAACUGUCAGAUGAUGACAUUACUGAUGUAUAUGAAGCAGGUGGCGAUGAUUGA